UGUUCAACAAAACUUCGUCCCUAAAGAGCUCAUGGCGUCUGAGGGUCUUUAACAGCCCGUUGGGUUUGGUUCAUUAUUUCAAUACAUUUUGUUAUUGCCCCGUACUAACUGGAAUAGAGCGAUGAAAUCAAGAUAAAUUCAUCUUUCAAACAAGUUCAGAAUGAAGUGUAAUGUUUAAGAGGAGGUCUGUACUCAAAAGUUUCUAACAUGGAAGAAAAUUAUGUACCGUCUCUGUUGGCCUCAUUUUAUCAUUCACUGCCACAUGUGAAUAUUACUUUCCAAUUCGUAAACAGUACCUUUAACCCCAGGAGUGACAUCUACUUGGAGUCACUGGGGGUUGCAGCUAGUGUUCCAGCUGUUUGGCUGCUAUUUACUCUCUUGGUCUUGCUAUCAUAUCUACUUUCUCGUUGUUGCGACAAACAACUUAGACAGGGUAGAAGUCUCUACUGUCACCGAUGGGUUCUCGGUGUGACGGCGUUUAUUUGCAGUGCUACUGUAGCAGUUGGUCUUUACGGAAAUGACGAUGUCCACAAUGCUUCUGUACGUUUCAGCUCUACGUUACGCGCAGUUCAGCACAAUAUUGAUGCUGUCAGAGAUCAUAGUCAGUCACUAAAAUUGAACUUGGAAACCCAAAGUUUCCCACUAGCGGAUCGCCUAACAGAAGUUGUUGAGGGUAAGCUUCUCGCAAACGUUACCAUCCAACGAUUAGCGACCGAGUUGUUGCAUAGAACCACAGCAAAUAUAAAUCGUUCCACGGACGAUAUGAAUUUGCUGUAUGAACGUCUCGUGCCAACAUCUCCUCUGCCACCAUUCCUCACCAUUUUUGACGCCGUCGAACUGUAUAGAUGGCCGAUUACUAUGGGCCUGCUCAGCGUCUUCAUCUUGCUUUGCUUGAUUUUGAUAUUUGGAGUCGUUCGCCGCAUCCGUUGUCUACUUGUCAUGUUUGCAGUUUUUGGCUUGCUCAUGAUAAUCAUAAGCUGGUGCACAGCUUCAAUCUACAUAGCGUUGGCUAUGGCUAUGGGGGAUGCAUGUGUUGAUCCCGCUGGUGUUGUUGAACGUCUUGUUGCUAAUCAGUAUGGCGCAGACAUUGCCGAUUACUACAUGCGUUGCCCGAUUGAUGGUGUUGUCAAAGAAAGUGGUCCCUUGAACACGUUUGUGCGCCAGGCUCGUUUAAAUAUCGAGAAGAGCGAACAGUUAGUUGCCGAGUUUGCUGUGCUCGCCGAAAUGCACUAUUCGCCAAAAGACGUACAACCUUCGCUUGACAAGCUUACCCGUUCGUUGAAAACAGCAACCCAAAACUUGGCAACUCUUGCCGGAUUAGUAGAUUGCGCCCCGAUACACCGCCGGUACUUGGAUAUACUCGACGUUACUUGCCGCAAAGCUUUAUUUGGACUGACGUUCAUGCUUGGAAGCGCAGUUGGCGCUGGUUUGUUGUUUACCAUUUUGGUGUGGGUGGAUUCUCAUGUUUGGAUUUAUUUAAGAAAACGAAAGGGUUAUUUGCAAGUAGCCGAAGCAGAUCCGUUCCUCCCCCUAUCAAGUAGUGCUGGCAGUAGCAGUCGUGGGGCUCAGGGUGGUAGCUUAAGUCGACCGUCAUUGAAUCCUCCACAGACAUACUCAUCGGCCGGAACAUAUCCCGGCCGUCACGCACAUUAUCGUCAUACACACACGCCACCUCAAACGCCGCCCUUCCCUGGAACCAUGAAUGGACGUGGAAGUCAUAAUCGUCACGAGCAAGCUUCAGCUCCACCACUUCUGUUGGGUCCUAACAAUGGCCAGUAUCCCACGUUGAGCAAGUCAUGCAAAACGCUCGAGUCGUCCGAUUUCUACUAAUUGUGUAGUAUGUAGUGCAGCUAAGGGCCUUUGCAAAAAAAAAGUGGUUACCUUUGGGGAAAGGUAAAUUAUACAUAUAUUUUUUUUAAUUAUUAUUAUCAUUCAUCAAGUCAUUGGGAGAUAAACGGCUGAUAUAGAAGCCACAUUUCUUGUUAGGGUAAACUAAAACCACUAGAUUUGGGAUUUGCAGAUAAAACGGGAGGGGAAGGGCAACCCCUAUUUAAUACCGACAAUUUUUUUUUCUCGUAAGUUUCCAGCCCUAUUACUUGGAUAUAUCACUAAAAUCUGUAAGCGCAGCCAUGUCUACUAUGUACGAAACUAAGUGUUUUUAUUCAAUAGCGCAAACUAAUUAUGUCGAAUUUCCCGAUACUUUUUGACGAUGGAGAUUGUAUGUGUUUUUUUUAAUCAUCAUUCGGAAAUGAUUAGCAUUCACUCGAUUUUUAAAUGGUGGUCGUUACAUAGUGUGCACGAGUAGUGAGAGUCGAAUUCGAACGGAAAAGUAUUUCUAUGCGACGUUUUUUGAAAGAUGUAAACACCGCCAUUUCCCUUUUCCAAUAAUUUUGUUUCGUAUGUCGAGAAGGUGGGAUGCCAAUUCCUUGAUAGGUUCCUUAUUUUUUCUCGUUCGCUAAUUUUACUUUAUACCUUUUCCUCACCAACUCUCAUACGAUUUAAUGUUUUUUUUUUUUUUCUGGAGGAAUGAUUUCCUAUCGCACUGUAUUGGUUAUCUCUUAACCUCCCUGAGUCUCAGUGACUUCAUUUCUACUGUAUGUACAUCGGCUACAAUACACGUCGUUUGGUCAUGAUAA